CAUGCUGAACAUGGAGCAGAAGAAGAGACAGCUGGAGGAGAGCCAGGACACUCUGACCAAGGAGCUCGCUAAGCUGCAGGCUCACGAGAAAAGACAUGAGAUAUCAGGAGAGGAGAAGGAGGACAUCAGAAGACGCUAUGGGGACGGGGACAUAAAGAAAACUCUGGAGGAGCAGCUGGAGAACCACAGAGAGGCUCACCACAAACAGCUGAGCCCACUGAGAGACCAGAUCGAAGACAAGCAGAGGAUGCUGGACGAGCUCACAGAACAGUUACACUGCUGUUAAAAAGCGCCUAAUCAGAGCUCAGCGAGUGUCUCCUCUCAGUCUGAACCAGGGUCUGCUGCUGGAGCAGGAGAAGCUGAUGUCAGACUAGGACAACCUGAAGACUGAAGAGCAGGAGAAGGACGCCAAGCUGCAGAAACUCGCUGCUGAAUGAGCAGAGAGAGCGGG